UGUGUAGAUCUUUGUUUUGGUUGUACUGUGUGAUGCACCGUCUACUUCUACACGUGGCCGAGGCAGAGUCGCAUAGAAACCACUAGUUCCUGCAAAGAUGUUGGGAAAUGCAAAAUAUCUGGCAGCUAAAAUGGCAAGGCAACUCUUACUCGGAGCAAAACAAGGAUUUUAUCAUCUUUCUGAAUAUUCUCUGGUGUUUGGAGAACCACCUGCAACUGAACACCGACAUUUUAUAAGUCACACUUUUCUUCAGAAUCAGGAACUAAGAAAGUAUUGCCAAGACAAGGUUAGCUGUUUGGAAGGAUUCACAUAUCACCACCGUAACGAUGUGUAGCUUCCAGUCGACACAGCCUUAUGGAGGGUCCAGAAACAUGGGUUCUAACCCUAAUCGGUAACAUUGGUGCUGUGACCGAGGUGGGUCUCUUCGAGGAGGAGAAGGUAAAAGGGUGGGGGGUGACGUGUAACUUCUUUUGAUGGUUAACUUUGUUUGUUCCUCAGCGUUGCGUGGACAGGUUGAGAAACAGCAGAUCCAGGCUACUGGAGAAGUACCGCCAAAUGGGAGAGAGUCAGCACUGUGACGCCAAAGGCCAGGAGAUGUAGUGUCAUGAAGGAGUAUGAUGAACUGGCAGUGUUUGAAGAGAUCCAACAGGAGCUCAAGUCUCAAGCGCUCUACAUCAUUGAUGAAAUUGGGAAAAGUAUGCAGUUUGAGGAGUAGUAUGUGAAUUCAGUUGUGGAAGAGAUGGUCGGGGAAAGGGAAAUCAUAUAUCAUGUAAACAACCUGACUGUGAAUAGCCAUUUUACCUCCUGUCCCUGUGGGCUUUAUAUCAACACAAGGCAAAGGAACAUGACCACAGAGGUGCUGCAGUGUCGGUUGGAGAGGAGGGUAACAGAACACAUGGAGGACUGUCACCAAAUCCCCAUCUUCUCCAUGGCCUCCAAUACAGACGGCUUGCCUAAACUCAUAAGCCACCUGACUGACUGGGUUGAACACUUGGAUGCAUCCCAAGUGGCACCCUAAUCCCUAUAUAGUGCCUUAUGGGCCCUGAAUUGAUAUUUUCUUUCCUAUGUGCCCUGGUCAAAAGCAGUGUUCUAUAAAGGGAACGGGGUACCAUUUGGGACGUAUGAAGACUGUUUAUCAUAAUGAAUUGUUUGGGACGUCAGCCAGGCCAUAAUACGACACUUACCCAGUAUCACUACUGGGCUCCCUCCACUUACCGUGUUAAACAUUCCUAAUGUAUUCAUCUAAUAAAACCAUCAUAUUUUGAGAUGAAGUAUUAAGGGGUCCUUCACUAGAACUGGAAGUAGCAUUGAUUUAUAGAAUUGUUCAUUUAAGGUGCCAAAGCAAUAUCCCUUUUCUUCAAUGGUUAUGUAUUGACUAUCAAAUACUUGAAUGCAGAGUAC